UUUAUAGGCGGUGAUUGGGCUUGCUGGAAGCUGGGAGGGGUGAGGGGCUGGAGGUAGUCAGAGAAAAGCUGACCUAAUGCAACUGUGGUAACGUCAGCGCUCGAGGCUUGAAGAGGGAGACAAGCUAAAAGAGGAUAUCUAGUUGUUUCAUGAUGGCAUUUGCACCUCCAAAAAACCUAGAUGGUCCCAAAAUGCAGACAAAGAUGAGCACCUGGACACCCUUAAACCAUCAGCUAUUGAAUGACCGGGUAUUUGAAGAAAGAAGAGCCCUGCUUGGCAAAUGGUUUGACAAAUGGACAGACUCUCAGAGAAGAAGAAUCCUCACAGGCCUGUUGGAGCGCUGCUCGCUGUCCCAGCAAAAGUUCUGCUGUCGAAAGCUUCAAGAGAAAAUUCCAGCAGAAGCCCUGGACUUUACAACCAAGCUUCCAAGGGUGUUAUCUUUAUACAUCUUUUCUUUCCUGGACCCCCGGAGCCUCUGUCGUUGUGCACAGGUGUGCUGGCAUUGGAAGAACCUAGCCGAGCUGGAUCAGCUCUGGAUGCUGAAAUGUUUACGGUUUAACUGGUACAUCAAUUUCUCUCCAACUCCCUUUGAGCAGGGGAUCUGGAAGAAGCACUAUAUUCAAAUGGUGAAAGAACUUCAUGUUACCAAGCCUAAGACACCCCCAAAGGAUGGAUUUGUAAUCGCUGACGUUCAACUAGUUACAAGCAAUUCUCCAGAGGAAAAACAGUCCCCUUUAUCAGCUUUUCGGUCCUCUUCCUCUUUAAGAAAGAAAAGAAAAAAAAGAAACGAAAUGACCCCAGAUUUCAGCCGACAGUCACAUGAUAAGAAAAAUAAGUUGCAGGACAGAACUAGGCUAAGAAAAGCACAAUCAAUGAUGUCCCUAAGUUCCAGCUCUCCCCUAAAAGUUCCAGCUCAUCUCGCCUGGCCUCCUCUUGAGUCAGUGGGACUCCCAGCCACUGCCACCACAGCUGAAAUUCUCAUGCAGCAUCUUCAGAGGCACCCUGGGCCCCAGGCAUGACUCAUCCAGGUUCCAGAGCCAAAGCGGACUGAACAACAUAGAAAGACUUUUAUUAUAGAAAUGACAAGAUGCUUUGCACAGUGGAGAGCUGAAUUUACUUGGCUCCUAUUAGAAACUCUUUCAGCUUAAGUACUUAUUGUGGUAGUGAGUCCUACAGUAUUUCAGUAAAAAGGAAUUCAUGGCAUAAA